CUGUGCCCUACUACAGUCACUAAGCUGUCCGCCUAGCAAGUGAACGUCUCACCAAUCCAACCAUAUAUUCAUUACAUCAAGUAGUUUCAUAAGCCAGAUAACCAUUUCAAUGAAAUCUAUCUUCAUAGUAUUAUUCUUAAUAUCACGAUCUAGUUCGAAAUCGCCUUUCGAUAAACUUCUUGUCGUAUCUUACGAUGGAUUCCGCUAUGAUUACCUGGACCGGGAGCUCACGCCAUAUAUGUACUCUCUUAAAAGCAGUUCUUCCUUUGCCAAACAUGUAAUUAACGUUUUCCCGACUCAAACUUUUGUCAACCAUUUCUCCAUUGCGACUGGACUGUAUUCAGAAACCCAUGGUGUCAUUGGCAACACUGUCUUCAACUCAAAAACCGGAAAACUGAUGAGAUAUGGUCAUGAAUUAUUCCAUUACAACAAUGACAUAACUCCUAUAUGGACAUUGAAUCAAAAAGCUGGCCAAGGGCGCCAUAGCGGUGUUAUGAUGUGGCCCGGAUCCCAGUUUCCUUACUCAAAUAUCGUCCCCACAUUUAUCAACGUAUUCGAUCGCGGUACUGCUUGGGAAAACCGCAUCUCCACUGUUAUGUCCUGGUUCCUCCAUCCCAAGUCACCAGCUAACUUGGUGAUGAUGUACAUCGAAGAACCAGACGAUGAGGAGCAUACCAGCGGUCCUGGUUCUUCGCAAACCCGUGAGCGCCUAAGAAGAGUUGACAAGAUCACAGAGCAUCUUUUCAAGAGCUUAAAAAAUAACUCGUUAACAGAUGUGAAUGUCGUGCUACUUAGCGAUCAUGGGAUGGAAGGUGUCACCCUUGAUCGCAUGAUCGAUCUAACAAAGUUUGUCGGUGAUAAAGCAGCCAUGUACGGUACUUCCCCGGUGUUACACAUUUAUCCCAAUAAAGGCCAAAGCAUAGUUGACAUAUACUCUAAACUUAACGAAGCAGCUGCAAGAAACAAGCACUUCAAAGUCUACCUAAAAGAAAGUAUCCCUGAGCACUUCCACAUCAAGGAUUGCCAACGGACAGCACCAAUAAUCGCUGUAGCUGAGCCAACGUACGCUUUUCAAGAUUACUACGGUGCCAUAGAUUGGCAAAUAAACAAUAAAGGAGCUCCGAGAAAUGGCACUUACGGCAUCCACGGGUACGAUCCUCAAACCAUCAACAUGCGUCCAUACUUCAUGGCCCACGGACCAAAGUUCAAAGAGAACUUCAAUGCAGGUGAAUUGAGAAUAAUAGACAUGUAUCCACUCUUUGCCAACAUUCUUCAGCUAGAGUUACCUUCAAUAAAACCGAACGGGACUUUGGCAGGAAUCCAAACUAUAUUAAAACCCAGAAAUAAAUGAUUCAAAGUAACC